CUUUUUGCAUAAGCCUACAGAAGGAAUUUGAAUUGACUUAGGGAAAAACCUCUACAAGUUCAGUGGACAUCUUUGUCACAAAUGGAGUCUACAGUGUCUGCAACCGUCUUCACCACUUCCCCAAGGGAUAAAAUUAAACCAAACAUGACCAACAAAACUCAAGCUUCCUGUGGAGUUACAGAGGUCUCAGCCCACCCUGCUUUCAUAUUUGCAUACUCACUAGUGUUUCUCAUCAGUCUGGUGCUUAACAGCAUCACAAUGCGGGUUUAUUUCUGUUCCAGUCAGCGUGUCCAGUCCAGCAUCAUGGUCUACAUGAAGAACCUGGCUGCAGCUGACUUCUUCCUUUGUCUUUGUUUACCUUUGCGCAUUGCAUACAAUGCUACCUAUUCCAUAACAAUACGCAACAUUUACUGCAGCUUCGGAGCAACAGCAUUUUAUAUAAACAUGUAUGCAAGCAUUCUCUUCAUGGACAUUAUUGCUGCAAACAGGUAUCUGAAGAUUGUCCGGCAAUUGGAGACUCAUGCUCUACAGAUGGUUCGUACUGCCCGACACAUUUCCAUAGGGACUUGGAUUUCCUUGUUAGCAAUGUCUUUCAUCUAUUUGAUCCUCUUACUUCAGACUUCCUGGGACCUUGAUCCAAAACUUCGGUGCGAGUCCCUGCACAGUCACAACCUUAGAGUGGUUUACAAAAUCAUCCACUGUGUGGCCUUUGCAAUCUUUUUGUUUGUGCUAAUGUCUCUGGUUUUUCUUUAUUGGAAGACUCUGCAAAAGAUCAAACAAGCUCAGCUGUCAACACAGACCAUAUCCAGCAGCCAUAAGUUUAACAAGUCUAAACGCAACAUGCUAGUUCUAGUGGUAGUUUUUUGUGUGUGCUUUGUGCCCUAUCAUUUGGUGAGAUUGCCUUAUGUGUUCAGCAGUGACUGUACAUUUAACAUCCUGAAGGAGCUGACUAUCAUGCUUUCAGUGCUAAAUGUGUGUUUCGAUCCUGUAAUAUACUUUAUCUUCUGCAAGGCCUUUAGGGACCAGCUCAGGAAGAAAUAUUUGCAAAGAUCCAGUGAAGAUCAAACGUGA